UAUAGGAGAAAGCAACGUCAUUCCCCUCGUAUUGUAGAAAAGUUAUCGUUCUUUUGAGUUUUCGUCAAGAUUUUGCAGUUUUUGUUCAUGUUUACGUCUCAAGCGCGAAAAAUAAAACAGAUUAGAAGACAAGUGAUUUGCAGUGGAUGAUACAAGCAGUAUGUCAACCUGGUAGAUGCAGCACAUGGGUGCGGUUGUUUGACAUACUGGGUCUAUUUUACUAGUCGAUCUCAACACAAUUCCUCAGCGAUGUGUACUGUUUAUGAUGUCUUCAAGCAGGUCCAUAGGAGGCCGUCAGACUUCAAAUCAAGGGACUCCUUCCCGUCUUUGGACCUUGCUGACUGGGAUAGAGUUCGUGAGAGCAUCAGCCGUAAGUCAUGCAUGCCAUAUAAUGGUUUGGAAUGGCUUAAUGAUAAUAAAUACGACAAUGACGACGACGACGACGACGGAGAUGGUGGAGCGGCUGAGUCGGAUUACUCGUCAGAUGAUCCAGAAGAUGACCCAGUCGAGAGGGUUAGGCUAGAGAAUGCUGCCUCCGUGCCGAACUACAGCAGGUCCGCUAAGACCAGAACACAAUCUGCCUUCUCUUGGAUACCAAGUAAAGCCCUUGAUAAACAAACCUUUGAAAUACGACGAGCCAUAGCCCGCCAGUCUAUUUCCAGAGGAAUCACCUUCGACUUGCCAGCUAGCCAGACCAAACUUUCCAUCAAUUCCGAAUUCCAGCCGGAACUCUACGGGUUAUUCACCAAGAAGUUUAGACACGAACACGACCUUUGGAGGGAGCGCCGUGGUGGUACGUCCCCGCGAUAUCUAAGCCAACCACCCAAGCUGAAACCUCCUCCACCUCCGAAAAGAUUCAUCCCAGAGAUCACUACCCACUCUCCUCGAGAACUGUUCAUGGUCGAUAGGAAUCCUAAGAUUGACGAGCAACCCACGUUUCGGUCAUCUGACCUGCAUAGCGGUAACGUGACCUUACCAACUGACGGAAUGCCGACGGUUCGUAUGCGACGGAAGUCUUUGACGGGAGGCAAGACGUCACUAGAUCUGCAGGAGGACACCGUGAAUCUAUGGCGAAACAAUACCGUGCUGAAAGCAAAGGAUGCCUUCAAGAAGUCCAUUCUGAAAUGGAAGGCAGGAGCAAAGAAAGAGGAGGAGGACUAUCUGGAGGAAAGCAAACGAGCUGAGGUGUUAGCUUGGCUAGACAAGAUGAAACUUAAUUGAACAGCUUGUGAUCACUACGUUCCUAUUUUAUCAGCCGAAUAAUGAAUGGAUAAAAAACAUUUAAAUCCUUUUUGCAUUAUGGGGGUACAUAUAUAUGUAUAUAUAAUAUAAAGGUUCAUAAAAUCAAUUUAUGAAAAGACUUGUAUUGUAUGGUGAAUAUUGUAAUAAUUUGCCCCAGAAAUAAAUGAUCCAUUAAAUAAAAGACAGAUGACGCAGGUAAUGAAGGGGGUGGGGUGGCAGCAGAGGCGUCGAUCCUGGGGGGGGGGAGCAGGGGGCGAUCGCCCAACCAAUGAAAAUAUGGGGGGGGGCAAACAUAUCAUUAUGCCCACCCCCCCAAUAAUUCCGGAUAUACCAACAACAAAAAACAAGAUUAUAAAGUUCAGCAAGCGAUAUUGAGAUAUACAACUCGUUCUUUAUUUAAAGUCGUGCUUUUCAGAUUGGAAUAUAAAUAUUUUCAGCUCGCGC